CGUUUCUUGUCCUCUAACCCGGGAUGAUUGAACCUAAGAAGAGAGUGGCGGACAUGGCGGUGGUUCCUGCCGCCGUGAAGCGGCCUCGGACGGAGCUGGUGGCGGCGGCUCAGUCUCAGCAACUCGUGGCGAUGGGCCCCCCACGAAGCUCCAGCCUGCAGGCUCCCAUCAUGCUGAUGUCUGGCCACGAGGGCGAGGUCUACUGCUGCAAAUUUCAUCCCAAUGGAGCCACGCUGGCCUCCUCAGGAUUUGACAGGCUCAUAUUGCUGUGGAAUGUGUACGGAGAUUGUGAAAAUUAUGCCACUCUAAAGGGCCACAGUGGAGCAGUGAUGGAGCUGCACUACAACACAGAUGGCAGCGUGCUGUUUUCAGCCAGCACAGACAAGACUGUAGGUGUGUGGGACAGUGAAACGGGCGAGAGGAUCAAGCGUCUGAAGGGCCACACCUCCUUUGUGAACACCUGCUACCCGGCCCGCCGAGGGCCCCAGCUUGUCUGCACCGGCAGCGACGAUGGGACGGUCAAGCUAUGGGACAUUCGUAAGAAGGGGGCGAUCCACACUUUCCAGAACACCUAUCAGGUGCUGGCCGUCACCUUCAACGACACAAGUGAUCAGAUCCUGUCAGGAGGCAUCGAUAAUGACAUCAAGGUGUGGGACCUGAGGCAGAACAAGCUGAUUUACAAUAUGCAUGGCCAUGGUGACUCAGUAACUGGACUUGCACUGAGCUCAGAGGGAUCAUACCUCCUCUCAAACUCCAUGGACAACACAGUGCGUAUUUGGGAUGUUCGACCAUUUGCGCCAAAGGAGAGAUGUGUGAAGAUUUUCCAGGGCAAUGUUCACAACUUUGAAAAGAAUUUGCUGAGGUGCUCCUGGUCUACUGAUGGCAGUAAGAUAGCUGCAGGCUCAGCUGACAGAUUUGUGUAUAUUUGGGACACCACAUCACGUAGAAUUCUGUACAAGCUGCCGGGCCACGCUGGCUCUGUCAAUGAAGUGGUCUUCCACCCAGAGGAGCCUAUAGUGCUGUCUGGCUCCAGUGAUAAACGGCUCUACAUCGGAGAAAUUCAGUAGGGUGUGUGUGUGUGUCUGUGUGUGUGUGUGUGUGUGUGUGUGUGUGUGUGUGUGUGUGUGUGUGUGUGUGUGUGUGUGUGUGUGUGUGUGUGUGUGUGUGUGUGUGUGUGUGUGUGUGUGUGUGUGUGUGUGUGUGUGUGUCCCCUUCAAGUGAGCGUCCCACCUUAGAAGUGGAUGGGCGGUGAUAGACAGUGGGUUAGGAGUCUGUAAUUUCAUGUGCUGCAGCUUGUCUCAGAACAACCUCAGGAUGUGUGUUUUAAAGUUUAUUAUGCUCAGUCACAACAACCUCUACAAUGACACGUUUUUUUAUUCUGAUUUGGG